UGCCCAGUGAAAGCUGUGCAUCGUUUCCACUGUUUCUCUCUGUAUUGUGAAGGUUCCGCCUGACGUGUUUCCGCCGGACGUCUGUGUCAGUCGGACCUGUUCAAGAUGUCAGUGGAGCAGAGCGCGAGGAGGACGGCCAAUGACACCAAAGACGACAAAUCACGCUUGAUAAAAGGUGGUGCUUUCCUCACUACUGUAGCCACAGCGGGUAUGAUUGCAGGGUUCGGUUCCACCCUUGCCAUGGCUAAGAAGAAGAGUCCUGAGUGGUUCAAUAAGGGUGUGAUAGGAACUGCUGCGGUGCCAGAAAGCGGCGCGUCGUUAGCAUUGCGGGCGUUGGGAUGGGGUUCACUUUACGCCUGGUGUGGAGUUGGUCUCCUGAGCUUCACCGUUUGGAAGGCUCUGGGCAUCCACAGUCUGAAGGAAUUUCGUCAGAAAAUGCAGUCCAUUUUUCCCGCCAUCCCCAAAAAUGAAGAGGCUCAAGAGAAUUCUCCAUUUGAUUGGAAUUCCAUCUUCAAGUCAAAAUGAGAAGAAUUUACAAUCUAUUAUCAAAAACGGACAGCUUUAACUGACUGUCUGGGAAGAAUAUUUUUCAGAUAGUCAGCUUGGUCAAGUGUGAGCCAAAAACUGCCAUUUUAGAUCUGGCAACAAGGAUCAGGUUUGUGGUCACAGCACUGGAGAAUGCCUCAUUGAAGGCCAGAAAGACUCAACUUGGUUGUCUGCCAUAAUUUCUUGUGCCACACUGGAAUCUACAAGGCCUGAGCCAAGAGACUCUGCACCUGCAGUCACAAGUGUGGAAGUAUUAUGUUUGUACAUACUGUACUAUCUCAGUUAUUUAAUGUGGUUUUUUUUUUUUUGGUAACCAUACAUUUUGGACAUUUGUGUGGGGCUAGUAAAUAAUAUCACUGCCCUUUGGCUGGUGGUGUUUAUACAUUAAAUAUCAAACUAAAGUCACUAUUGUGUUAAAUUGCUAUCAUGUGAUGACAAGGUCUAAUAAAAAGCAUCUUGUAAUA